UUUUUUUGACGUGUAGCGUACUUUUUACAUAUAUGAAAGGAGAAAAGUAACAUAAUGGAACGAAAUUAUUGUUAUUAAAAUAGGCUCGGUGUCGUGCAGCCGUUGAAUGACGGAAGACCGUCGUACUUCGAUCUACCGUAAAAGAAUAAAUUGCACCUGCGGAUGGGAGGUAAAGUUCGGUUACGGCGUGGCUUUCACGCUAGCCGUCUUCGAGGCGAAGCGUCUCUUCGUGCUCGCCUUGGAGAUUUUUGCAGAAUGGCAGGUGAUCCGCUUAGCAGGUGGUCUCCAGCCGGUCGCCCUCAUCUUGGCGGAAGUUGCUCUGGGAUUACCGUGCGCCCUUAUGACUGUACGCACCAUACGCAGGCGCAAAUUAACCAGUUUUCCGAACACUAAGCAAGUGCUGAAGUGCCUUUUAAUGAUGAUAGUUGUGUGCGCCGCUGUGAACACGGCGACCUUAGCCUCGAUAGGAUAUCACAUCAGUGUGAGGCGAGAGACGCUGGUCCAUGUCUUCAACGCCUCCAUGCAGCUUUACGUCAAGGCAGCAUCGUACAAGUAUGCGAUCGACGAGAUCCAAUUCGUGCUACAAUGUUGUGGUCACACAUCUUAUACCGAUUGGUUUCUUUUCGACUGGCAGAGAGUGGAUUAUGCGUCCCGAGAGGAAAUGGCGGAACAAAGUAAAAUAUCGGAUGAAGACUACAGGGACCGUGGAGUUCCUUUCAGCUGUUGUAACUUGCGUGCUGUUGCGCCCUGCGUGCACAUAGAAAUGACGGAUGAUAAAACGAUAAACGUGAACGGCUGCGCGGAAGUCAUCAGUCCUAUUCUUUUUAGAAUCGUCAUAGUCGCUUACAUCAUGACCAGCACUUUAAUAAUUAUACAAGUGCUAUUAGCGUAUUUAAUUGCCAGAAUGGUUAACAGAUUUAUGCCACAAGAAACUCCCUAUCUUCAGAUAUCUCUUCGAGACCAAAAUCCAAACACAUGUUGCCACCCAUUGUUGAUUAAAAGUCAUAUCAAGAAAAACAAGAAAGAUAAACCGCCUUUGUCUAAAUACAGUUGUUCUAUCAUGAAUCAUGAAAAUUGUACUUGGGACGUGGCAAAGAUUAAACCGAGCGUUCACGAGGAGCAUAAAAUAUCCACGAAACGUUUUUACAAGCACGCACGCUGAAGGCUUCUUGCGCUAAUGAUUUACAAGUCUUCAGAACGAUUAGAGCGGUACGACUCUUUCGAACAAACUGCGCAUUAAUAUUAAUACGACAAAAUACUAAUUGUUACAAUGACAAAAUACUAAUUGCGGCAGUUAGAGGUGAGUUAAGUCACUGAGUAGAAUAAAUAUCUUAAUAGUGUUAAUAGUUUUAGUAGGAAAUAAGUAAAUUUCCAGUGUGAGAUUCAAGAUGUAAGAAUUCCGCGCAGUUCGCUAUGACGAAGAUGACGAUUUGUAUACAGGAAGUCGUGGAAUUAUCGUUUCUUGGCGUGAAUAACAUAUUAAAAACUUCUGUAAAACAUGUCUCGUUAGCGAUCGAGAGAGGAAUUAUAUCCAGGCUUUCAUCAUAAUUGUUACAUAAUGAAAAAUAUAAUUGUCUGCAUUUUUAUACUCUGUUAUUGAUAUCAAAGUCCUUGUAAUAGAACAC